AUGUUCGGCUCGCGCUCCUACGUCUUCCUCGGCCUUAACGCCGUCCGCGCCCUCUCACUCAUCGGCCUUAUUCUCGUCUUCGCCAGCUCUAUCGUUACUCUCGUACACGAUGUCAAGGCUGUGAAUGCAUUCGUCAAGGCAGGCUCAGCCGCCUCUGAGAACACGACUUCUACGACCAACUACGAGUACAUUGCUGACAGCACCGUACCGAAUCAACCUGCCGGCGCCGCCUUCGCGGUUAUCAACCGCCUUCUCAUCAUCGCACAAGUCAUCAUGAUUGCCCUCUCCGAGGUCGGGUGGCCGCAGGUGUUCUUCGACCGAUUCUUCCCUAUCCUCGGCUCAGACUUUGGACUCGGCGCUCUGGGGAUUAUGCAGCUAUUGCUUGGUUGCCAGAUUCUCUCUCACUUUGUGGACACCUUCUCGCUCGUCUCCGCCUUCUUCCUCGCAUCUAUCGGUUGCGUCAACAUGCUUCUCGGCCUCAUCUUCCGCGCGAAGGCUCGCCCUCGCCGUGCUCUCUUCAACUGGAAGGAACGCGCGCAGGAUGCGAAGGACAUGCUUCCGCCACCCGUCGGCGCUGCAGUCUCCAUCGGCACGAACGUCUUCACGAACCUGCACAAUAAGCGCGACGCGGAGACAGGCUCCAUGGGCAGCACCGAGAAAGGUGCCGACUCGAUGAAGUCGCUUCCUGAGCGUUUCCAGGGCAUGGGCUUCGGGCGCCAGGCGGAGAAGGCGGCCGCGGGCAAGGGCCUCUUCAUCUCGCGCCCCCUUGAAUCGCUCCCCCGCUACGCAUCGAGCGCAGCGUCCAGCUUGCGCUAA